GUGUUGGCUUCGCGACCCGACAGGUGGGAAACCCCAUCAAGCCCAGUCUUCGAAUGAUCUUUGUAAAAUCCCAGAGCACUUUCAAAAUUAUUGAGAUGAAAUUCAAACUCAAUGACACUUUCGAGGAAACAACCGCUGACAACAGAAAAACAAUGGUUGGUUGGGAUAAAAAUAUGUGUGUGAAGGUCAGUUGACUUGGAUGAAUGAGUCAUUGGAAAUAUCUAACAUUUUUUCCUUUAAUCUUCAGAUCGUUUUUACUUUGAGAAUUGUGCAAAAACAGAACUAGGACGGCAAAUAGACAACAUUAGAGAGAGAGGUGAC